ACUAUAAGAAACGCUGUCGUUUCUCAUCUUAUUUGAUGAAUAAACUCAUUGAAUAACCAGAUACAGCUUUGCUCCUCUGCAACUCUUCAUAGUUCACAAGCCAGAGAUGGGGAAAGUUGAGAGAGAGCGAUUGAACAGAGAGUUGAUUGAGCAUCUCAAUACCAUCCACGAAACUCUUCAGGUAUUGGAUCAAUCCCCAGCUCCUUCUCUGAAAAGAACGAACUGGAAAGAUGUCAUUCAAGUGGGUGAGCAAAUUUCCAAGCAAGCCACCAACGUUGGAAUGCUUUGGAGUGGAGAAACCACGGAAGUUGAAGUACUUGAGGAGAACAUGUCUGCAUUUUUCAACGCAUUGCAGGGAUUCCUUUUGCUCGCACAUGGAAGUAUAGUUGGGGCGGGACCCACUCUUUCUGCUUGCAUUCAUGCAUCUAUAAAGCAAGUGGUUGAUAGCAGUUUUGUUUUGAUGAAGGAUACAAUUGCCACUUAUGGCUCUCACAAUAAAUCUCGAAAAAAUACUAUUCCGCAGUUGGUUGGCACAGUUUGGGAAGCUUGUUCUGCUCUUAAGAAAACACCAUCCACAAACAUCACUGCAAUAGGCCGGGCACUAACACAGACUGCUGUUUCAAUGAAGGAUGUCCUUCGUGAAAUGAAAGAACUCAAACCCUCAUCUCCCGAUUUAGGGGAUGAAGAAGUUCCAGGAGAAUCAGAAACCAAUCAUGAUGAUAAUGAUGAUCCGUUUAUGGAAGAUCUAGGGAAUGACCUGUCACCCGAAGAAAUGAAAGUUGCUCAAUUAACUACCAAUUUAGUGUCUGAAACACUAGUGGUGGUUAAGGAACUUAUUCGUUCCAUCACGGGAUUAGUUAAGCUGGAAGCUUCCGGAAACUCAUCGGAUGCCUUCAUAGGUUCUUUAGAGAGAUUGUUGAAGUUAUGUCAAGGGAUCGGUCUUCAAAUUGAUGAACUCGGGGCUUCCCUUUACCCUCCCCAAGAAAUUUCUUUGAUCAGGGCUUCAGUGGAGGUUAUUUCAAGCAACAUAAAUGAAAUGACAAUGGAGUUGGAAAAUCUCAAGGGAUUAACUGAAGAUUAUGUUAAGGCAUGCAAUGGUUUGCGAAUUGCAUCGACACAGUUGGAAUCUGUAUUAGGUACUGCAGACGUAGUCAUGCAAAAAAUGGAAAGUCUUGCCGUGAGUGAUGACUAAUAUAGGAGAAAUGCACAAAUGAGGUUUAUAAUGCUAUAAAUUAAAGAGUUUUGGUUCCCUUUUAUAGCAUUGAGGACUUAGAAAAAUAUCUGGAGCAUCUUGACUUUGAUAAUGUGCUAUUUUGCAGUCAGUGUUACUGGCUUUGUAAUGAUCAUAGUUGAAUAUCUUGAAUUGAAGUCUCUGCCUCGUUUUGUUUGCAGUAUUUAGAUUUUUAGUCUACCACAAAAUGAUGUCAUAUUUUAAGCGCCCUUAUAAUUUUGCCUAGCUAUAUCAGUUAUAAUUUUUAGAUAAACAUCAAUUUCGUUGA